AUGAGUCAGCAAAUACAGCUCGACGCAGACUCGUCCGGCUGGCGAUUCGCCCAGUGCUUCGGCGACAAGGGCGAUGUAGAGGACAUCACCGAAGCAGACAUCAUCUCAACCGUCGAAUUCUGCCCGAAAGGUGACUAUCUCGCCACUGGCGACAAAGGCGGCCGGGUGGUGCUCUUCGAGCGCAACGAAAGUAAGAAAGGUUGCGAGUACAAGUUUUAUACGGAGUUCCAGUCACAUGAGCCAGAAUUCGACUACCUUAAAAGCUUAGAGAUAGAGGAAAAGAUCAACAAGAUCAGGUGGUGCAAGAGGGGCAAUCAAGCGCACUUUCUACUGUCUACCAACGACAAGACGAUCAAGCUUUGGAAAGUCUUUGAAAAGUCACUCAAGGUGGUGGCAGAGAACAACCAGACACUAGCAGCGGCAAAUUCGUCCGGAUCUUUGGCCACAGGCGACUUCCAUCAGGACUCUUUACCGCAUUACUCACCUUCUUCGCCCUCCCUUGCGCCAGGCUCGCAAUUAGCAGGCCUGCCGCCAACUUCCCCAGGCGGACGGUCACCAGCCGGAUCAGCCAGCACGCCAGUACUGAGAUUGCCGAGGAUGUCAUAUCAUGAUACUAUCGUCGCUGCAGUACCGCGAAAAGUGUACGCAAACGCGCACGCAUACCAUAUCAACUCAAUCUCGAUCAAUAGCGACGGCGAAAGCUACAUGUCUGCCGAUGAUCUACGUAUCAACCUCUGGAAUCUCAACAUUAGUGAUCAGAGCUUUAAUAUACUGGACAUCAAGCCCGCGAACAUGGAAGAGCUCACCGAAGUCAUCACUGCUGCUGAAUUCCAUCCGACAUCUUGCAACUUGCUAUGCUACUCCAGCUCAAAGGGCACGGUCAAACUAGCCGAUAUGCGCGACUCUGCGCUCUGCGACGGGCAUGCAAAACUAUACGAAGAGGAAGAGGAUCCUUCGAACAAGUCGUUCUUCUCAGAAAUCAUCUCCUCAGUCUCAGAUGUCAAAUUUAGCAGAGACGGGCGGUACUUGCUCUCGCGCGAUUACCUCACUCUACGGAUCUGGGAUAUCAACAUGGACUCCAAGCCGCUCAAGACGAUAAGCGUGCACGAUCACCUCCGAAGUAAGCUGUGCGACCUAUACGAAAACGAUUGUAUAUUCGACAAGUUUGAGUGCACCUUUUCCGGCGACGGAGAGCAUGUCCUGUCUGGGUCAUACUCCAAUAACUUUCACAUCUAUGACCGGGAGGGAACGACCGAUAUCGCUCUGCAAGCGGACAAGUCUGCGUUCAAAGCGAAGAAGAUUGGCGCGACAAAGGCAGCCAAAGGAGCAGCGACCAAGAAUGGCGCGGGCAAGAAUGGCGGCAGCAAGCCGCCUGUCGAUGUGGACUCGAUCGACUUCACGCGCAAGAUUCUGCACGCUAGCUGGCAUCCGAAAGAGAACACGAUUGCAAUCGCAGCCACGAACAAUCUUUUCUUGUUCAGCCAGUAUCUAGAUACAGUCGACUCGGCUCGUGAAUAUGACCGCCCAAGACCGCGCUCCGGCACCUGCGGCGUUCGCCAUCGCACGCUCCUUGUUUCGCCGAAUCUGUCCUGUUUUUCUCCCGCAACGCUCAACCUCCGCAUCUUAUUCGACGACAUCUGUUUCGAUGGAUCUUAA